CCGAAGGGAGAAGACGACCGUCGACGAGACCUAGGCGCUCCUCGUUGGCCCCUUGCUGGAGAUGGAGCCAACCUUGCUGCCACUCACGACCCUACCCAUGGGGAGCCACGACCGAUGCCGAUGGCCGCCGGGAGCACGCCCCUCCUCCCUCUCGAUCGCCGCCGUGUCCCCUGCCUUCACCCUCCACUUAUACUCCAGCCCCCGCCUCCGCAUCAUCCACCUGCUCGCCGUCUGCUUCAUCCUUCCCUUCCCAUUCGCCAACCCAAGGGGCUCCACAGUUGAGUUGAGUCGAUUGCCUGGCGCCCGCCCGGCAUGGACGGCAAAGAGGAGCAGCCGCCUUCGGUGGAGAGUCCUAAAGGGGUGGAGGCGAAUGGCCUCUCCGCUAUGGACGCCAUCAGCAGGGAAACCGUCGAUCUGGAGCAUAUCCCCGUGGAGGAGGUCUUCGACCAUCUCAAGUGUACCAAGGAGGGACUUACCAGUGAGGGUGCCCAGCAGAGGGUCGAUAUCUUCGGCUACAACAAGUUAGAAGAGAAGCGUGAGAGCAAGAUCCUCAAGUUCCUGGGUUUCAUGUGGAAUCCGCUCUCGUGGGUCAUGGAGGCCGCCGCUAUCAUGGCUAUUGCCCUUGCCCACGGAGGAACGAAUCUCAGGGGAAAGAAAAUGGGCGUCGACUACCACGAUUUCAUCGGGAUCAUGGUGCUGCUGGUUGUCAACUCUACCAUCAGUUUCAUAGAAGAGAACAACGCCGGCAAUGCCGCUGCUGCGCUUAUGGCCCGCCUUGCGCCAAAGGCCAAGGCUCUGCGUGAUGGAACCUGGAAUGAGUUAGAUGCAUCCUUCUUGGUUCCAGGUGAUAUAAUCAGUAUUAAACUUGGAGACAUCAUUCCCGCGGAUGCAAGACUUCUCCAGGGCGAUCCACUUAAAAUUGAUCAGUCUGCACUUACGGGAGAAUCACUACCCGUAACUAAGCAUCCUGGAGGCGGAGUUUACUCCGGUUCUACUUGUAAGCAAGGUGAGAUUGAAGCAGUUGUCAUUGCCACUGGGAUCCAUACGUUCUUUGGGAAAGCAGCUCAUCUCGUUGAAUCAACCACUCACGUGGGCCACUUUCAAAAGGUUCUGACUUCAAUCGGGAACUUCUGCAUUUGCUCCAUUGCCAUUGGGAUGACCAUCGAGUUGAUUGUCAUGUGGGCUCUUCAAUCUAGAGGGUACCGCAAGAUAGUCGAUAACCUUCUUGUGCUUCUCAUUGGGGGGAUUCCAAUUGCCAUGCCCACGGUUCUGUCGGUUACUAUGGCUAUUGGGUCACACAAACUGGCACAACAGGGUGCUAUUACCAAAAGAAUGACUGCAAUCGAAGAGAUGGCCGGAAUGGAUGUGCUCUGCAGUGACAAAACAGGAACAUUGACACUCAACAAACUGACUGUAGACAACAAUAUAAUUGAGGUUUUUACAAGAGGUUAUGAGAAAAAUGAUGUUGUGUUGAUGGCGGCAAGGGCUUCAAGACUAGAGAAUCAAGAUGCUAUCGAUUUUGCUAUUGUGGCAAUGUUGCCAGACCCAAAAGAGGCACGCGCUGGCAUAGAAGAAGUCCAUUUCCUUCCAUUUAACCCAACGGACAAGCGGACAGCGCUGACGUACUUGGACGCUGAGGGUAAAAUGCACAGGGUUAGCAAAGGUGCACCUGAACAGAUUCUGAACCUGGCAUGGAAUAAAUCUGAGAUUGAAAGAAAGGUCCAUCAAGUAAUUGACAAUUUUGCUGAGAGAGGGCUGCGGUCGCUUGCUGUUGCAUAUCAGGAAGUUCCUGAAGGUACCAAGGAAAGUGCUGGUGGACCUUGGCAAUUCAUUGGUCUUCUUCCACUCUUUGAUCCCCCCCGCCAUGAUAGUGCUGAAACCAUACGCCGAGCUCUUGACCUUGGAGUUAGCGUAAAAAUGAUUACAGGUGAUCAGUUGGCUAUUGGUAAGGAAACUGGACGGAGGUUAGGAAUGGGCACAAACAUGUAUCCGUCAUCAUCUUUGCUGGGUGACAAGAUAGAUGGUGAUAUUGCAGUCCUACAAGUGGAUGAGUUGAUUGAGCAAGCAGAUGGGUUUGCUGGAGUGUUCCCUGAGCACAAAUAUGAAAUAGUCAAAAGGCUACAAUCCAGAAAACACAUAUGUGGGAUGACGGGAGAUGGAGUUAAUGAUGCACCUGCCCUGAAGGUAGCAGACAUUGGAAUUGCCGUGGCUGAUGCAACUGACGCUGCCCGUGGAGCCUCUGAUAUAGUUCUGACAGAACCUGGAUUGAGUGUGAUCAUCAGUGCUGUAUUGACCAGCCGUGCAAUUUUUCAGCGGAUGAAAAAUUAUACAAUAUACGCUGUCUCUAUCACCAUCCGUAUAGUGCUUGGGUUCUUGCUCUUGGCAUGCUUUUGGGAGUUUGACUUCCCCCCAAUGAUGGUUCUUCUGAUAGCUAUUCUUAACGAUGGAACCAUCAUGACCAUCUCCAAAGAUAAGGUGAAGCCAUCUCCCUCUCCUGACAGCUGGAAGCUAGCAGAGAUCUUUGCAACCGGUGUGGUCCUGGGGACUUAUAUGGCCGUAACAACGGUGCUCUUCUUCUGGGCAGCUUACAAGACGGAGUUCUUCGUGGGCAUCUUCAAGGUUCCUACGCUGAAUAUAGACAAGAUCGGCAAAGACAGUGAAUCGAUCGCGAGGAACACAGAGAUGAUGGCUUCCGCCGUCUACCUCCAAGUGAGCACCAUCAGCCAAGCCCUGAUAUUCGUGACGCGGUCGAGGGGCUGGUCAUUCAUGGAGAGGCCUGGCGCUCUGCUCAUGUGCGCCUUUGUGGUUGCUCAGCUGCUCGCCACUGUGUUGGCUGCUAUGGUGAACUGGAAGCUGGCGAGCAUCCGAGGCAUCGGGUGGGGCUGGACGGGCGCCAUCUGGGUGUACAACAUCAUCAUCUACCUCCUCCUGGACCCGAUCAAGUUCGCGGUGCGGUAUGGGCUGAGCGGGAGAGCCUGGAACCUCGUCAUCGACAGGAAGGUUGCGUUUUCGAGCCAGAAGAACUUUGGGCGUGAGACCCGGGAGGCGGCGUGGGCGCACGAGCAGCGCACCCUGCACGGGCUGGAGUCGGCGGGGACGGGGCGGGAGAAGGCUGCGUCGGUGGAGCUGGGGCACAUGGCAGAGGAGACCAAGCGGCGUGCGGAGAUCGCGAGGCUGAGGGCGCUGCACACGCUCAAGGGGAAGGUGGAGACGGCGGCCAAGCUGAAAGGGAUCGACCUGGAUGACAUCAACAACCAGCACUACACCGUCUGAAUCUGAUGAUCAUAAACUGAUUCUGUCGCUGAUAUUUUUGAGCGAAACCGUUGCAGCAUUGAUUUGUGAUAAUAAUAGUACAGUAGUAAUAAUAAUAAUAUACAAGGAGAUUUGGUGGGUGGGCGAUAUAAGUCUGUGGAGGAGGAAAUAUUCAGUUCUUUAAUUGCAAACCAUGUGUUGUACUAAA